AUGUUUUUUCAUAAUGCUUCCAAUUUAAUUACUUCAUUCUUGGAUAUACAAUGGGGUCAACACUUAGGGGAAGAACUUGGACCGACAAAUAUCAAUUCUGAGUGGAAAGGAGUUAACACUACGAAGCAUCACUUUCCAUCCAAAAUUUGGAUAAUAAGACCAACCUGGGAAACGACUCUUAAAAUUCUCAGCAUUUUACCUAUCAUUUUUGUGGGUAUACUGGCUAAUGGUGCACUGAUCUAUAUAAUAAUCCGUGCUAAAUCUUUACAUACUACUACAAACCUUCUCAUCGUUAACAUGGCAAUUGCAGAUAUAUGCACAUGCAUUUUAUGUCCUUGGAUGUUUCUCUGUAUUGAUUUAUAUCAAAAUUAUAUACUUGGACCUAUAGGUUGUCGAUUAGAUGGAUUUAUAGUGCAUGCUUUGACAUUAGUCGCAGUAUUUAAUUUGAGCGUAGUUAGUUAUGAUCGCUUAUCUGCUAUUGUCUUAAACUGUUCUAGUAGAUUAACAAAAAGAUCUACACAUUUGUUGCUUUAUGCGAUAUGGAUUUCUGGUAUAGGAGUUGCAACACCAUUAUGUCUCUUUCGAAGCUAUUAUGAAAGACAAUGGAGUGAUUUUCUGGAAACUUAUUGUACCGAGAAUACUGUAGUGUUGUAUCCAUAUUGGCAUGUUUUUGCAGGUUUAACUGUAUGGGCACCAUUAACUAUAAUGGCAAUAUGUUAUUCCUCUAUUCUCAUUAAGCUAGAUAGAUUUGAAUCACAAGCAUUAAGAAGUAAAUAUCCAAUCAUAGUACGUUAUAAAGGAAAAGUGGCUCGUGCUUUAGGUAUUAUUGUUUUGGCAUUUAUUCUUUGUCGGGUACCAUUCACAGUAUUAAUCAUUCAAAGAGCACGACUCUUGCAACAACCUUCUAAACCAGGACAAGCAGAAUCUAUGUAUUUUCUUUGGUAUAUAAGCAGAUAUCUUGUUCUCGUUAAUGCUGCAAUAAAUCCUUUAUUAUAUGGCUGCAGUAGUAGUUCUUUGAGAAAAGAAUUAGCAAUAUGUCCUGCCACAUCUUGGCUUAUUUUUAAACGUAAAAAAAAAAUGGAAAAGCAACAUAGCAAUCAACAGUGUAAUUCAGAACCGUUUAAUUGUUUGAAACCUCGAUCACCUUGUAUUCGAGUAAAUUAUUAUCAAAGAAGUAUAAUACCAAAUAUUUCCUCAAGAGUUUCUCCAAUAAAUUUGGAUAUAAGUCCAAAUUAAGAUACUCUUAUAAUCUUGUAUUAUAAUAAUAGACUUAUAAAUCAGUUGAUC